CUCGCAUUCCCUCAGAGAGCGCCGCUCGGAGCGGAGUCGCGUUGACUGGCCAGAGUCCGCGAGCCGCCCCCGGCCCCCGCACCCCGCCGCUUUCCUCAGGCCCGGACGCCCCUGCCCUGAAGCAGCUGACAGCAGACAGAAGGCAACCCAGAAUGCAAAAUAUUGGAAUAAUCUUAAGCGGCAAAACAAGGCAUACGACAGGGCUUGCUUCAUAGCCACACUCGAAGUAGCUUACAAAAUAGUCUCACAGUAAAAGUCACAUCCAGGUCUAGUAUGAGGAAUGGAAAUACCACGUUGCCCCUCUAGUGCCAGGAUGAUUCAGGUAGCAUUUCCUGCUCUCAUCCUUGGCCUCUUCCUAAUAGCUUCAUCCCUCUUGACGCUUUAAGAUCAUUCCUUGUUCAGAAUGUCUCUACACCAGUUCUUACUAGAGCCAAUAACCUGUCACGCCUGGAACAGGGACCGAACUCAGAUUGCCAUUAGCCCUAAUAAUCAUGAAGUUCACAUCUAUAAGAAGAGUGGGAACCAAUGGGUGAAAGCUCAUGAGCUGAAAGAGCACAAUGGACACAUCACAGGCAUUGACUGGGCUCCCAAGAGCGACCGCAUUGUCACUUGUGGUGCUGACCGUAACGCUUACGUCUGGAGUCAGAAGGACGGCGUGUGGAAGCCAACCCUGGUGAUUCUGAGGAUCAACCGAGCAGCCACCUUUGUGAAGUGGUCUCCUUUGGAGAACAAAUUUGCUGUUGGAAGUGGAGCUCGACUCAUAUCUGUGUGCUACUUUGAGUCUGAAAAUGACUGGUGGGUGAGCAAGCACAUUAAGAAGCCCAUUCGCUCCACUGUCCUUAGCCUAGAUUGGCACCCCAACAAUGUUUUGCUUGCAGCUGGAUCCUGUGACUUCAAAUGCAGAGUGUUUUCAGCUUAUAUUAAGGAAGUGGAUGAGAAACCGGCCAGCACACCCUGGGGAUCCAAAAUGCCCUUUGGGCAGCUGAUGGCUGAAUUUGGUGGCGCAGGAAGUGGUGGUUGGGUCCACAGCGUCAGUUUUUCCGCCAGUGGCAACCGCCUGGCCUGGGUCAGCCAUGAUAGCACUGUGUCGGUUGCAGAUGCCUCCAAAAACAUGAUGAUCUCGCAGUUGAAAACAGAAUUCCUCCCAUUGCUGAGUGUGUCAUUCGUCUCGGAGAACAGUGUGGUUGCUGCUGGCCAUGAUUGCUGCCCGAUGCUCUUCAACUGUGACGACCGUGGUACCCUCACCUUUGUCUCCAAGCUGGACAUUCCCAAGCAGAGCAUACAACGCAAUAUUUCAGCCAUGGAACGUUUCCGCAACAUGGACAAGAGAGCCACUACGGAGGACCGCAACACUACUCUGGAGACGCUGCAUCAGAACAGCAUCACCCAAGUGUCUAUUUAUGAGGUGGACAAACGAGAUUGCCGCAAGUUUUGCACCACUGGUAUUGAUGGAGCAAUGACCAUCUGGGACUUCAAGACAUUAGAGUCCGCAAUCCAGGGGCUGCAGAUCAUGUAA